AUGACCUCCAGACUGUAUCAAGGCCCUCUCCUGGUGCUGCUCUGUCUCAUCCACGGCACUGAGGAGUCCUGUCCCUCUGUGUGCCUCUGUGUAUCUGACACCGUGAGCUGUAGCUCCAGUGGUCUGGCCAAGUUACCCUUGUCCCUGCCCUCCUUCUCGGUCACCCUUGACAUCAGCCACAACCAUCUGUCCUGGCUGGGUGCGGGCAGUUUCAAAAGGAUGCCUAGAUUGGAAAACCUCCGGAUGACCCACAACCAGCUGGGCUCCCUGGGCCAUGGGGUAUUUCGCAACGCCUCCGGCCUCAGGCACCUUGACCUGUCCUCCAACAAGCUGCAUGUGGUGGAGCAACACUACUUCCAGGGGCUGUGGAGGCUGGAGGAGCUUCUUCUCUUCAAUAAUAAGAUCACACAGGUGGAGGCCGGCACAUUGAGCGGCCUGAGCAGCUUGAAAAAGGCCUACUUCAGCCUCAACCAGAUCACACACUUCCCGUUCUUCUCCAUCCAAGACCACACUCACCCUUUCCUGACCAUGCUGGACCUCUCGUCCAACCGUCUGAGCCGUCUGCCAUGGGAGGAUGUGAAAGCUUUGCCCGGGUUGGUGCAGCGGGGGCUGUACCUCCACAACAACUCUCUGAUCUGUGACUGCUCCAUGUACAGCGUUUUCUGGCAUUGGGAUCUCAGGGGUUACGACGCACUGAAGGACUUUACUGAGGAGCACACUUGCACCACCUAUGGGAACCCACGAGCGUCCAUCCGGUUUCUGCAACAGUCCCGCUUCUUCCACAACUGCACUGUGGAAAGCGCUGUCUCACUGCCAGUGACCGUGCUCCUCUCCAACGUGUUGGUUUCAGAGGGAGAAGGAGUGCGUCUGGACUGCCAAACGUCCCUGAGUAGCACAGACCUCUCAUUUACAUGGCUCUCCCCCAGCAAGGGGUACAUCACCCAGACUACCAUUAAUGACACGCUAAUUAGCCUAUUUCCUAAUGGUACCUUGGAGAUCCAAGCAACCAAGGUCAAUGACUCAGGUUUGUACGUGUGCACAGCUGUGGAUAUUAAACAGGCACUGAACGCGACCCGGGAGGUGAACGUGACGGUGUUGCUGCCUGCAGCAGAGUCAUUCAACACUGGCUACACAACGUUGCUGGGCUGUUUGGUGACCACGAUCUGCAUCCUCAUAUACCUCUACAUGACUCCGUGUCGCUGCAGCUGCUGUAAACAGCCCAUACCGCCAGCUAUCCCAAUUGCGACUUACGACCCCAGCACCCUAACUUCCGUUUUCUCCCCCUCCACUAGAUCCCAGCACAAAAUCCAAACUGACAAGCAUGUAGCAUUCGUGGAGCCAAUAAUAAGUGAAGAAGGAACAGAAUGGAUACCUGAAGGUUGA